UAUGCACACACCUAAGAAAAAUUACAUUAAGAUCUAGUUUGGGAAAAUUACAUCAAAAUUGCAGGGUCUGACAGUCGGUGACGUGGGAAACAAAAUCCGAGAUCUCACAAGAGUAGACAACACCGAGCUGGCCGAGGUUGCCGUCUUACUUCUCUCCGGUCACUCUUUCUUCCUACUUUCUUCUACCACCCUCCUCCUCUCAGUCUCAGUCUAAGACCUAGGGUUAGGGUUUGGAUUUGGAUUUCUUCUCUAACAUUCCUCAAUCCUAAUUUCACUCUCGUCGCCAUCGAUCCCUCUCUUUCUCUCUCCUAGCGUGGAAUUAAUCAAUCUGAGGAAGUUUCAAGUUUGUGAUUCAGUUUGAAGAAGUUUGUGCCUAGUAUUCUCUCUCCUAGGGUUUGUUUGCUUUUCGCAAUUACAAAUUUUUCUUCUUUCUCCCUCUCCACUCCAACUCUCGGAGUGAUUUAGCUCUUAGAGAGAGAAAUUGGAAGGCUGGGAAUUGAUCGAGUAGUGUUGGCUUGGGUUUUGAGGAUCGAUUAUGGCCUCGUACCGGCCGUUCGCGCCGCAAUCGUCGUUCGGGCCGUCGCCGAAUCAGAAUCCUCUGGCCCCGCCGCCAAAUCAGAAUCCUCUGACCCCGCCUCCAAAUCAGAAUCCUCUGGCGCCGCCGCCGCCGCCGCCGUCGCAGCAGCAGCGGGGAAAUCAGUACAACCAAAAUUGGGGAUUCAGUGGCGGGGAGGGCUCAGCUCCGUAUAACAACAGUAGCUACGGGCCUUCUUCGUCUUCGUCCCAGCAUUACGGCGGACCUCCCAGAAGUCAACACCCUCCUCCACCGCUUCCUCAUCAGCAGUACUCUUAUCCGCCGCCUCCUCCUCCGCCAGAUUCUUCGUACCCGCCUCCACCGCCGCCACCAGCCCCCGCGAUGCAGCAGCCUCCCGCAUACUACCCGCCUUCCCAGUUUCCUCAGUACAACAAUCCCCAGCCAAUGCAGCCAUUGCAGCAGCCCCCGCCACCUCCGCCACCACCUUCGUCUCCGCCUCCGCCUCCGAGCUCACCUCCGCCGCCUCCUCCUCCGCAGAGCCAGGGGAAGGAGAAUGUUCACCAUAGGGGAUUGCAAGAGCGGGAUAGAGGGGUUUCUAAGGAGGUCGCCGGGUCUGGGAGGCGAGAACACGGGUACUCGAAUCACCACGGGACUCACCAUAAACAGCAUAAGUAUCCUGUCCCCUCAGUGCCGGUGAAGAAAUCAAAUGGGCCUAUGGGAAGAGUGGAGACGGAAGAAGAGAGGAGGUUGAGAAAGAAGAGGGAAUUUGAGAAGCAAAAGCAAGAGGAGAAACAUAGGCAGCAUUUGAAGGAAUCUCAGCACUCGGCUCUGCAGAAGACCCAGAUUUUGUCUGCAGCCAAGGGGCACGGUUCUAUUGCCGGAUCAAGAAUGGGGGAGAGGAGGGCUACUUCAUUCUUGAGCGGUGAGAGGAUUGAAAACAGGCUUAAGAAGCCAACGACAUUUUUAUGCAAGUUGAAGUUCCGUAAUGAACUUCCAGAUCCAAGUGCACAACCGAAGCUCAUGUCAAUGAAGAGAGAGAAGGAUCAAUAUUCAAAGUAUACAAUCACAUCGUUGGAAAAAACAUACAAGCCAAAGCUUUUUGUUGAACCAGAUCUUGGGAUUCCUCUUAACCUACUCGACCUCAGUGUAUACAAUCCUCCCAGUGUUAGACCACCCCUCGACCCAGAGGAUGAGGAGUUAUUGCGUGACGAUGAAGCUGUAACCCCUGUAAAGAAAGAUGGCAUUAAGAGAAAAGAAAGGCCUACUGAUAAAGGAGUUGCAUGGCUGGUUAAGACGCAAUAUAUAUCUCCUCUGAGUAUGGAGUCAACAAAACAGUCUUUAACUGAAAAGCAAGCGAAAGAACUGCGAGAGCUGAAGGGAGGCCGCAACAUUUUGGAGAACCUUAAUGACAGGGAUAGACAAAUCAAGGAAAUUCAGGCAUCUUUUGAGGCAUGCAAGUCUCGCCCUGUUCAUGCUACCAAUAAGAGCUUGUAUCCUGUUGAGGUUCUUCCUUUGUUACCUGAUUUUGAUCGGUAUGAUGAUCAAUUCGUUCUUGCGGCAUUUGAUAGUGCUCCUACGGCUGAUUCAGAAGUCUACAGCAAGAUGGACCAGUCUAUUCGUGAUGCUCACGAAUCACAGGCCGUCUUAAAAAGUUAUAAGGUGACUGGCUCAGAUCCGGGGAACCCGGAGAAAUUUUUGGCUUAUAUGGUCCCUUCUCCAGAUGAGCUAUCAAAGGAUAUUUAUGAUGAACAUGAAGAUGUUUCAUAUUCAUGGGUUCGUGAAUAUCAUUGGGAUGUACGAGGAGAUGACGCAGAUGACCCUACAACUUACCUGGUUUCGUUUGAUGAAACAGAAGCACGCUACUUGCCGCUUCCUACGAAGCUUGUUUUAAGGAAAAAGAGGGCUAAAGAAGGAAGAUCUGGCGAUGAGGUGGAACAUUUUCCAGUACCCGCAAGAGUGACCGUAAGGAGGAGACCUACUGUUUCUGUGGUAGAACUGAAGGAUGCGGAGGUUUAUUCAAAUCCGAGAGGAAGUCUUUCAAAUUUUAAAAGAGGCGGCUCUGAUGUUGAAGACGGUCUUGAGAGAUCGCAUAAGGUGGCGCGACAAGAAGACGUUGAUGAGUAUAGUGGUGCUGAAGAUGAUUUGUCUGUUUAAUUUGCCGUCAUAGAAGAAGUUUCGCAAUUUUUGUAGCUUUUAGUAGGUGGUUUGGCACUUACGCUGCUCCAAUGCUAAGUUAUUAAGCCAGAGUGAUAAAAAUUCCAUACUCUGAUUUCAUUACCAUAUUGCUGUGUACCUUAUAUAUAGUUUUACUUUCUAACUUUUAGGGGGGUUUAUUCGUUGUAGAUUUUUUUAUCAAUACCAUUAAGUAACACAUGUACAAAAAGAUUGGACAUGAUAAAGAAGUCUUCCACCGCAAGCAACUUUUUUUUUGGCUAAA